UAGAAUAGUAUCACAUUGAUAGUCGCAUAGAGGCAUCAAUGUGAAGUCACUGCCUUAAACAUGCGCAUAGUGUCAUCUGGUAGGUCGAUAUACAGUCGACUGCUUUUAGUAACACUCGACAAAGAAUCAAUCCAGAUACACGAAUAAUCCUCAGUUACUCGACGAACACAGGGUUGUCUGUGCUGAGCAGCCGUUUUUCCCUUUCGCACGCCAGCCGCUCGUACUUGCUCAGCGAGAACAUGUGGCGGUGCGCGUACCCUUCGUAGUGCUUGAGUUUGACAAUCUGGUCGGCACCGAGGCGGGCCUCGAGCAGCUCGUCUAUCUCGCCCUGGUCAUUGAUCAAUCCGUGAACAACUCGAGGCUCAGGCAUCGACAGUGAGCAGGUUGCAUGCUUACUGGAGGGGUGUCUGGUGAGAGGAGGAAUUCGGCGUUGUCGGAGCAAAUAUGGAAGCCCCAAGGAGCACCGAACGAGGGAAUGUCUAUUCGGUAGGGACACACGUGUGCGAACACCUGAAAACACACAGGUAACACCCAGAGUUUUUGUCCAGCUGUCCGUACCUUCUUGAGUGUUUGGUUUAUGACAGUAAAUCCCUCUGUGAUCAUGUUGACGGAGCACGCGGUGCUCUGCGUGCACAGUACUCCGUGCUCCCGCAGACUAUCUCGCUUGAGCUUCUGGUAGAACUCUUUCGUGUACAGCACCCAGCCGGGGCCAGCUUCGAUCGGGUCGGAGAUGUCCAUGAUGACGACGUCGAAACGUUCACCGCUGGUCGCCAGGUAUUUGCCCGCAUCGUCGUAUAUGACCUCCACGCGCGGGUCGUCGUAGACACCGCCAUUCCAUUCAGGCAAAUUGUCCCUGCACGCACAUGCAGAUGCAGGAACGAAACAGCGAUACGGCGACACCCCAACUCUUCCGUGAGUAACCUGCACAUCUUGACAGCGAUUUGGUCGAUGUCGACCAUAACGACUCUCUUGACGUUCUUGUGCCUGAGCACCUCCCGCAGAGUGGCGCCUUCACCGCCGCCCCCUAUGAAGACCGCCUCAGGAUGCGGGUGAGACAACAGCGCGGGGUGAACAAGUGACUCGUGGUACAGGCACUCGUCGCUCUGCGCAGAUUGCAUCUUGUUGUCAAGCACCUGGUGAUAUGCAGUGCAAUACCGCCAUCAUAAUCAUGCCCGAAUUGCAUACUGACCAGAACUUUCCCAAAGUGCUUUGUGCUAAAGAUCUGCACGCUCUGGAACUUGGACCGUCCAUUGAACAGCACAGACGUAAUGGGCAUCGAGUAGUACCUGCAGCAGAAAAGCCCGUCUUCCAGGUCUGACCCAUUCGGCAAGUUUCGGCGUUUACAGGUCCUUGGCCACUUACAGGUCCUUGGCGAGAUGCUCUCGAUAAUGCAGCGCCGGCAGUUCUGCUAUCCCCUUGGCUUCCACUCCAUCCGCCCCCCCUUCGUGCGGGUGCGGUUUGCUUCCUUUAUUCGUCUGGUCACCAUAUGCAGACGUGUUCCAACCAAAUUCUGCAUACAUCGUUGAUUCCGUACGUCAGUAGAG